GUGGUGAUUGGUGGAGAGCGGCCCUCGUGACCGCGCCUGCAUCAGCUGGAGCAGGCAGCGAGGAUGGCGGCUCCGCACGCUCUGAGUGAGGAGCAGGUCCUGGCGGCGUGUGGGCAGCCGGACCCCAGCACCAAGGGCUUCGUGAUGCAGCAGACAAUGAUGAGGGUGAAGGAUCCUGUCAAGUCCUUGGAUUUCUACACUCGCAUCCUGGGCAUGAGGCUGCUGCAGAAGUUUGACUUCCCAGAGAUGAAGUUCUCUCUGUUCUUCCUGGGCUUCGAGGAGGCGGAGGCGAUCCCAGCAGGGAAAAAGGAGCGCGUGCAGUGGACGUUCACGCGGCCUGCCACCAUCGAGCUCACGCACAACUGGGGCACAGAGAGCGAUGACGCCCAGGCCUACCACAACGGCAACACGGAGCCCCGCGGAUUCGGGCACAUCGGCAUCUCCGUGCCGGACGUGUAUGCGGCUUGCAAGCGCUUCGAAGAGCUGGGCGUUAAGUUCGUUAAGAAGCCCGACGAUGGCAAGAUGAAGGGUCUGGCCUUCAUACAGGACCCCGACGGCUACUGGAUUGAAGUGCUCAGCCCAAACGGCAUGGUUACCAUCACCUAAAAUCACCCUGAGCCAGCAAGAAAAUUGUAUGACGCUACACGCUACAGACCCACGCUGGCACUUUAAAAGUUCAAACACAAUUCUUAAUGCGAGCCCAUCCAUGUCGUCGUGUGGUCACAUGGCGCUGCAGGCUGCUCUGCUCAAUUAUCCACACCAACUUUCCAUAUUUCACCAUGGUUCAAAUGGGCCGUAUACGACGGUAUGCCAUACACAUAACACCAUUAAUGUAUACCUGAACUUUCAGAACGUUUGGUAAUCGAGGGGAAAUUGCAGUGAACAUGGGCCGCAAGAUGAACAGGUUUCAUGCCGGGACGUCUAUUAUGUAAUUUCAAUGAUUGGAUGUAACAAGAAGUCCUUUCUAUACACUAAGCGUUGACUUAAUUCAGACAUGCGCGUGUUCUCAUAAAGAAUAUUUUAUUAGCAACAUGAAA